AUGCUGUCUCGUAUUACCCUUCUCCUCCGCACUAUCCCUCCCCAUCCCACCUCCUCCAUGGCGGCGCGUGUGCUUAGGGGCGCCCUCCCUUCAUCCACCGUCGCUACAUCGUCUCUUCCUCGUUCGCACCUCGUAAGUUCGGCUUCGUGGGACUCUACCACGAUUUUUGGUCGGAGGAAGUUUAAUUAUAGGAGCUUGAGCUUUGCACGAGGAUUGGGAAAUGUAAAUGUAAUUGGAAAAAUGGAAACUCUGGCGGUAUCACGAAGAGAAUACCGGAAGGUGCGCAGCAGAAGGCCGGCCGCAGCGAGGAAGAGUAAAGAAAGGGAGCUGGAGCUCAGUGUCCAGAUUUGCAUCGAAGAACAGUUGCCUGAAGAUUCUGAAAUUUUGGAUAUUGCAGAAAUGCUUCGUCUUAAUGUCCCAAUGGCGAUGAAGUUAGCAUUUGAUGGUCUCAGUAAUUCCACUUAUAAAACAAGAGAUACUUCAAUCAGUGAUGUUGGUUGUUUUGAGAGCGUUGAGUUAUCAGUACUUCUUUGCAAUGAUGAGUUCAUAAGGAAACUUAACAGAGAAUGGAGGGGUGAAGACCAUGCUACUGAUGUCCUCUCAAUGUCACAACAUAUUCCUGAACUAAAGCUUCCAAUUCUAAUGUUGGGCGAUAUUGUAAUUUCGGUAGAGACUGCUUCACGACAAGCAGAGGAGAGAGGGCACACUAUUCUCGAUGAGAUAAGAAUCCUUUUGGUUCAUGGAUUGCUACAUCUAUUGGGAUUUGAUCACGAGUUAAGUGAUGAGGCUGAAGAGGAAAUGGAAAUGAAGGAGGAACUUCUUUUGAAGAGUCUUGGGUGGAAGGGGAAAGGAUUAAUUCAGAGUGCACAAGAUGCUGAGACUAAUGGGAGUCUGCAUCUUGAUGAUGCAGAUGACAGAAGAAGAGAAGGCAGUCUUCGUUUUUACAAGCCAAAAUUUAGCUAUAUCUUCUGCGAUAUGGAUGGCACACUGCUCAACAGCAAAAGUCAUAUUUCCUUGUCAACUGCGCAAGCUUUAAAAGAAGCAACAUCAAGGGGUGUAAAGGUGGUGAUAGCCACUGGAAAAACUCGUCCAGCUGUGAUAAACAUCCUGAAGAUGGUGGAUUUAGCUGGCAAAGAUGGCAUUGCUUCAGAGUUAUCUCCUGGGGUUUUUGUGCAGGGAUUACUUGUAUAUGGCAGACAAGGUCGGGAAAUAUUUAGAAGGAAUUUAGAUCAAAAUGUUUGUAGAGAAGCACUUCUCUACUCUCUCAAGCAUGAAGUACCUCUUAUUGCCUUCAGUGAGGAUCGUUGCUUAACAUUGUUUGAACACCCUCUUGUGGACUCACUUCAUACUGUAUAUCAAGAGCCAAAGGCAGAAAUUAUACCUUCAGUUGAGCAGCUUUUGGCAGGCGUACACAUACAGAAGCUGAUCUUCUUAGACACUGCUGAGGGAGUUUCUACUGUUCUGCGGCCAUAUUGGGCAGAAGCAACUGGGGAUCAUGCAUCUGUCGUCCAAGCUGUACCAGAUAUGCUUGAAAUUGUACCUUCUGGGACAUCAAAAGGGAGUGCUGUAAGAAUGCUUCUUGAUCAUUUGGGCAUUACUCCAAAGGAGGUAAUGGCUAUUGGUGAUGGGGAAAAUGAUGUUGAGAUGCUCGACCUGGCUUCUCUUGGAGUGGCUCUGAGUAACGGAUCAGAGAAGGCUAAAGCAGUAGCGAAUGUGAUUGGAUUUCUUUUGGGAAGUAUGAUGCAAUGCAGUUGA